UUGGAUAUUUGUUUAGAGGUUUGACUAAAUUCAACCUAAGUCUCACGAUUGGAUUGGUAAAAUCUUUGUGAAUCUAGCUAUUAGAGGUUAUUGUAAAUAAUUUUGUAAGGAUAUUAGUUAUAAAUUGUAAUAAUUUAGUGCUAUUUUGGUCUUAUUAUACUAAUAAUUUUUCCGGUAACCGAAACUAAUUUGGACUUAUUUCAAAUUUGCCGAAUAAUAAUCGGUCAUCAUAUCACACAUUUCUUCUCCUGCUAGGGCUAAGCGGUGCAUGUGGUAUUUAUAAGAUACCGUCUCAUCAACCUAUAUCUAACUUCUGUUACCUUUGUGAUUUUUCUUCCAUUUUUUUCUUCUCGAAUUUUUCAGAAUUCUUGGUUUAAUCAUAAGGAUUAUAUAUCAUGAAUUUUUCUUUGAAAUCUCUUUGCAAAUCUUUUUGGUUUUAAUUCUUCCUUUUGUGAUAGGUAAGUGGUAAAAGAACAACAUAACCCCCUAACCCCACAAAGUGAGGUCUAGGGAGGAAGGGUAGAUUGUACCCUGACCUAACCUCCAAGUAGAGGUAGAGCUGUUGUAUUCGAUAGGCCAUCUAGCUUCAAGAAAGAGGUAAAUUCAACAGAGAAAUUAUGGGUUCUGAUUUUCUAUGCCGCGCUGAGACCAGGAGAGUAUUAUGGGUAAUGGGAGGUGUUUUUGCAUUUUCAUUACUUGUUCAAUAUUUUGAACUUCCAUAUGGCAACUUUAUAGGCUCCUUAUUUUCUGGUUUAAAUUCCAAUAGAAUGAACAACAAUAAUACGCAAAUCAAUUUUACUGCUGGAUUCGAUACGAAAAUCAAGAGUGGUAAACCUGGAGUGGAAUUGCUUAAACCAAACAGGACCUUAGCACCAGAAGGCGCUAAGGAAUUUGGGAAUAUAUUGAAAGGUCAUGUAGUCCCAAUGUUGGAAGAAAACAAUAAAGAUGAUACGGUCCCUCUAGCAGCGAAUGUUGAAUCAGCGCCAAUGAUUCCCCUAGCUCCACAAAUUGAUGAUAAUUUGACUGCUUCGAGUAAUUUGGCUACUCGGAGUGAUGAAGUAGCUGGUAUUGUCCCUUUAGCAUCGUAUUUCCCAUCAGCGCCUAUGAUUCCACCAACUCCACAAGUUUAUGAUAAUUUGACUGCUCCAAGUAGUUCCACAACUACUCGGAAUGUAUCAGCUAUUACUGUCCCUUUAAAUUCGAAUGACACAAUACAGCUGAUGAAUUCACCAGCUCCUGCUGUUUCACUUAGACAUGUUGACGAUAAUUCUACUGUUCUGUCUAGUUCGCGUAAUGCUUAUGGUGCCACCCCUGCUCCAACUGAAGCAACAGGGCAAUUAAGAAACAGUCUUGCCUCGUCAGGCAAUGGUUAUACUAUGACCAAAAAAACUCCUGUUGCUAAGAAAGAAUCAGAUAAGCUAGUAAAAGGUGUUGUGUCGAUAUCUGAAAUGACUAAUAUGUUGCUUCAGAGUCAUCAAUCAAACCUUUUAACGAAUCCAAUGUGGUCUUCUGCGGGUGAUGAAGAAUUGUUGAGUGCAAAAUCACAGAUUGAAAUUGGAGCUAACAGUAUCAGUGAUCUUGGCCUAUAUGCACCAGUUUAUCACAAUGUUUCAAGGUUUAAAAGGAGCUAUGAGUUAAUGGAACAGAAUCUCAAGGUUUACAUCUACAAAGAGGGCAAGAGACCCGUAUUUCAUCAACCGCCGCUCAAGGGCAUUUAUGCUUCAGAAGGUUGGUUCAUGAAGCAGUUAAAAGCAAGCCAGCAAUUCCUCACCAAUGACCCAAACAAAGCACACCUGUUUUACGUGCCUUUUAGUUCUCAAAUUUUGGAACAAGUGGUGUAUGUGCCUGGUUCUCACAGCUUCACCAACUUAAAAGCUUAUUUGAAGAAUUACCUUGAUUUGAUCAAGGGAAGAUAUCCAUUCUGGAACAGAACACAAGGAGCUGACCAUUUUCUUGUUGCUUGUCACGACUGGGCCCCGGAAGAAACUAGGUAUGAGAUGGCAAAUUGCAUAAAGUCUUUAUGCAAUGCUGAUUUAAAAGAGGGAUUCAAGUUUGGAAAGGAUGCUUCUCUACCAGAAACGUACAUUGUCUCAGCUGAUACCUUGAGAAGCCUUGGGGGCAAACGUCCUAGCCAACGAAAAUUCCUUGCUUUCUUUGCUGGAAGUAUGCAUGGAUAUGUCCGUCCUAUUCUUUUAAAGCAUUGGCAAAACAAAGAUCCAAUCAUGAAAAUCUUUGGCAAGAUGCACAACAGUGACUACAUCCGGCACAUGAAGAGCAGCAAGUACUGUAUAUGCGCAAGGGGUCAUGAAGUCAACAGUCCACGAGUUGUGGAGGCUAUUUCUUACGAAUGUGUUCCUGUGAUCAUAUCUGAUAACUUUGUACCGCCAUUUUUGGAGACAUUGAACUGGGAAUCGUUUGCUGUUUUCGUCCAAGAGGAGGACAUACCUAAUCUGAAGUCUAUACUCGAGUCAAUCCCGCUAAGAAGAUACCUGAAACUGUAUAACAAUGUGAAGAAGGUACAACAACAUUUCCUUUGGCAUCCUGAAUCUGAAAAGUAUGAUACCUUCCACAUGAUACUUCAUUCUAUUUGGUACAAUCGAGUUUUCCAGAUUGCAUCCUAGUUGUGGAUUUGAUGGUGUUGUAGCUUUUGUAAGGAAAAAAGAGAACAAAAAUAUAGUAAAUUAUUUCGAUUGAUUGGUAAAUGCUACUCCCUAAUGCUA